AUGGAAGAAGAUAAUAUUGUAGAUAGUAAAGAGAUAGAGAAUAAUGUUGAAGAUAAAAAAGAAGAAACUCCAUCAUCAUCACCAUCACCAUCAUCAUCAUUACAACAACAACAAGAAGAAGGAGGAGUUGUUAAACAAGCUGUAUCAAAUUUAGUUUCAUCAUCAAUUACAUUACAUGAUGAUGCAAAAUUAAUUCAAGUAACAGGUAAAGAUGAACCAUUUCAUUUCAUUUCAGUACCAAUGUCAGUUGAAUUUUUAAAUUUAGAGGAUGUUUUCAUUAUGCAAAGUGAUGCUUAUAUUUUCGUAUGGUGUUCUGAACAAGCAAACAUUAAAAAGAAAGCUAAAGCCGUACAAAUGGCUCAAAAAUUAAAAGUUGAAAUUGGUUGUCAAAGAGCAGUUCAAGUUUUAGAAAUUGGAGAAGAACAUCCAACAUUUUUAUUUUGUUUAGGAGUUCCAAAAGGUACAAAAUUAAAUGUUACAAAAGAAAAGAAUGAUAUAUUCCAAGUUGACGAAGAUGAUGAAGAACAAGUGUUAGAGCCCGAAUUCUUUUUAUUUAAGAUAUUUACAGGUACCGAUGGUAAACCAUCAAUUAAACCAAUGGAAGAGGAUGAAGGUAUAAAUCAAGAGAUGUUAGAAUCAUCAGCAUGUUUCAUAUUGGAUUGUGAGCAUGAGAUGUACAUUUGGUUAGGAAAAGGUGUAAAGAAAUCAACUAAAGAUACAUUGAUACCAGUUGCAAAGAAAAUUUGGACCCAAUAUGAUAGACCUGAAUACUAUGGUAAACUCAAAUUACAACCAAUCAUAACCUGGGUAUUCGAUGGUGCCGAAAGUUGCUUAUUCAAGAGUAAAUUCAGUAAAUGGGUAGAGAAAGCACAACCAUUACAAACCUCCUACUUGUCAUUAUCCUCAAAGAAAAAGGAGGCUUUAAAUUUCGAUGUAUCCUCAAUGCAUCAAGAUAAAGAAGUACCAGUGAUUAACAUUGGCGCUGCAUCAGAUUAUAGUAAUGGUAAACUAUUGGUAUGGUGUUCUGGUGGUGGCAGUGGUAAUAAAUGGAAUAAAGUGGAGGAAGACGAUUUUGGUAUUUUCUAUUCCAACAAAUCAUACGUUUGCCAUUUCAUUUAUAAACCAGAGAAUAAGAAUUCAAUUCGUUCCGUGAUCUUCUUUUGGGAGGGUCUAUACUCUAACCAACGUAAUUACAUUGGCUACAAGUUUGGUCUCUACAAGGAGAUUCAAAAGAAGAUGGAAGGUUUGAAAUCAGAUGAUCCCGUCGAAUAUAGAAUCUCUCAAAAUAAAGAACCACAAGAAUUUAUCAAUCUCUUUGGUACAGAAUUAUUAGUACUCAAUGAAGAGUUGGCUUUGAAACCAAUGAUAUUUCAAGUACGUGCCAAUAGAGGUACUCAAUUAUUCCCUGAUCCAGACUCUUGUAAUGCUAAACUCUUAAACUCUUUAGACUCUUUUGUUUUCCUUUUCCCAAAUAAAUAUAUCAUCGUUUGGCAUGGUAAAGUUUCAACUGAACACCAAAGAGAAUUGGCUGCUGAUUUAUUCACUUUCUUACCACCAGAAUAUGAAGCUGGUGUUAAAGAAUUUGACCAAGGAAAAGAAAGUGAUAACUUUUGGAAAAUUAUUGGUGGUAAUUCUAAUGAUAUUGUUAUAAAUACUUUUAUAAAUGAAAAUAAAGAAGAAAAAGAAAAAGAAGAAGAAGAAAAAGAAGAAGAGGAAGAAGAAGAGGAAGAAGAAGAAGAAGAAGAAGAAGAAGAAAAAGAUAAUAAUAAAACAACAACAAUAAUUAAACAUUUAAGACCAAAGAAAAUUAAAUUAUUUUUAUGCACAGAUAAUUCUGGUAUCUUUAAAGCAGAUCAAAUUAAUCCAUUCUCUCAAGUUGAUUUAAAUUCUCAAGAGUGUGUAUUGUUAGAUGUUUACCAUAAAGUUUUCCUUUGGAAAGGUUCAAAGAGUACUGAUCAAAAAUUAAAUGAUACUCAAGACUUGGCUAAACAAUACAUUGAGACUGCAAAUGAUCAAAGACCCUCUGAUUGUUCAGUUGAGUUGGUUGAACAAUACAAUGAAUCACCACUCUUUAAAUCUUAUUUCCAUUCUUGGAAAGUUACCCCUCCAAAAGUUUUCAUUGAUCCAAUCAUUUCUUAUAAACAAAAAUUGGCUGAAAGAUUACAAAAAGAAAAGGAAGAUUUAGAAAAAUUAAAACAACAACAAGAACAAGAACAAGAACAACAACAAAAAGAAAAUAAUAAAAUUGUUGAAGAAGUUAAAGAGGAGGUUAAAGAAGAGGAUGUUAAAGAAGAAGUUAAAGAAGAGGAGGUUAAAGAAGAGGAGGUUAAAGAAGAGGAGGUUAAAGAAGUAGCCAAAGAAGAAACUAAAGAGGAAAUUAAAGAAGAGGUCAAUGACGAAGCCACCGAGGUAAAAGAAGUUAACCAAGUUGAAGAGGAAGUUAAAGAGGAGGAAGUUAAAGAAGAGGUCAAGGUGGAGGUCAAAGAGGAAGAGGUUAAGGGGGAGGCCAAAGAAGAAGAGGUUAAAGAGGAGGAAGUUAAAGAAGAAGAGGUUAAGGAGGAGGUUAAAGAAGUCAAAGAGGAAGUCAAAGAAGAAGUUAAACAAGAUAAAGAAGAGGAGGUUAACGAAGAAAUCAAAGAAGAAACUAAGGAAGAAGAAACUAAAGAAGAUGAUAAUAAAGAGGAUGAAAAAGUAAAUGAAGAAAAUGAAACAGUAAAUGAAGAAAAUGAAGUUGGUAUCAUCGUAUCACCACCAUCAGAAAAAGUUGAUGAAGCCAAUAGUUCUUCAACAAUAUCUUCACCAGAGAAUGAAGGAUCAGUAUCGGUUAAAGACAAGAGAAAAUCAAAUGAACCUAUAACUCCAAGUGUAGUCUCAUCUAGUGGUGACUUACUCUUUGCCUAUGAACCAUAUCAUGGCCCUCCAAUUCAUUCAUCAAAUAGUCCCAAACAAGGUAGAAAAGGUGGAAGGAAAUCACAUGGUAAAAAUCAACCACAACAUAAAAAAAACCAUAGCGUUGAUCAAUCUCCAUUAUCUUCUCCAAUCAUUCCAAACAAAUCUUUAAAUUUAGAUAUCGAUAACCAAUCAUUUGAUUUAAAUAGCAUCAAUAACAAUAACUCUGUCGAGGUUUUAGAUGGCGCUUCAUCACCACUUUCUUUCUCUUCCUCUUCAAUUAAUUCAAAUAGUACUCAUAAUACUCCAUCAAAGAAAAAUAAAAAUAAGAAUAAGAAAAAACAUAAUAGAAGUAGUUCACUCACUCACGCUUAA